AUGGUUCUCUCUCAGCAAGAGCUGCUGGAUCGCGCACGCUCCUAUCAGAUCCCACCGCCUCCAGGGACACCGUAUUCAGUUCCGGUGCCAAAUUCUGAGAAGCCAGGACGCAGCAAGACGUUUCGUCAUUGGAAAUUUCAAGAUGAACUUUUGCAAACUUUUGACCCAGCGUUGCGAUCAAUGCACGACAUGUUUGAAGCUUCCGCCACACGACAACCAAAGUCGAAAUGUUUAGGAUAUCGACCUUACGAUACGACAAAGCAAAAGUUUGGGCCAUACCAAUGGAUUGAUUAUGAGACCGUUGCGAAAAGGCGAGCAGACCUUGGUGUGGGUCUGGUGGAACUCCACAAGAGAUGUGGAAUAACUGCCACAAAAUAUGGAGUGGGCAUCUGGAGCCAGAACCGGCCAGAAUGGCAGAUUACAGACUUGGCGUGCGCAUCCCAGUCCUUGUUCACCGUUUCCAUUUACGAUACACUCGGUCCCGAUGCCGCUGAACAUAUCAUUGGACAUGCCGAACUGGUAUGUGUGGUAGCAUCAAUACCACAUAUUCCGACGCUUUUAACUCUGAAGCGGGAUCUGCCAAAUUUCAAAAUGAUCGUUUCACUUGAUCCCCUUGAUGCCGGCGAGCAAGCCGGAUACUCUAAACGAGCCAUCCUCACGGCUCUGGCAAAGAAUGUGGGGUUGUCCAUUUUUUCCCUGGAAGAGGUGGAAAGUCUAGGUCAAUCCCUUGGUCGCCCGUUCAACCCCCCUUCUCCUGAAGAUAUCAUUACAAUCAAUUACACAUCUGGCACGACUGGAAAGCCCAAGGGCGUUGUGCUGACACACGCCAAUGCCGUUGCGGGAGCCACUAACAGCAUCAUUGUUCGCAAUCAACCUGGCGAUGUCCUAUGUUCCUACUUGCCUCUGGCGCACAUUUACGAGCGUGUUUCUGAACAAGGCGCUUUGGGGGCAGGUGGCGCCAUUGGAUACUUUCACGGGGAUAUACUGGAGCUCGUCCAUGAUCUUAAGCUGCUCCAACCUACGAUAUUCCUCUCGGUGCCACGUCUCUAUAACCGAUUUGCAACCGCCAUUCGAACUGCAACCAUCGACCAACCUGGAUUCAAAGGUGCGCUCUCGAGACACAUUGUGGAUACAAAGCUAGCAACAAUCAAUGGACCUCCGGGCAAGGCCACAACUCGGCACGUCAUCUAUGAUCGGCUGUGGGGAAAGAAGGUUGCCAAAGCCGUCGGACUUGCGAAAACCGAGGUCAUGGUAUCUGGCUCAGCCCCACUUGAUCCCCAGAUACAGCAAUUCCUUCGAGCUGUCUUUGGAAGCGAGUUCAAGCAAGGAUACGGCUUGACGGAGACGUAUGCCAUGGGCAUGUGUCAGACUGAGGGAGAUCUCAGUGCAGGAAAUUGUGGCGCGGUUAGCCCCACUGUCGAACUCUGUCUAAUGGACGUACCGGAUAUGGAAUAUCACGCCACAGACAAGCCAAACCCUCGUGGCGAGUUGAUGGUCCGCGGCCCCGCGUGUUUCCGCGAAUACUACAAGGAUGAAGGUGAAACAGCAAAGGUAAUCACCGAAGACGGCUGGUUCCGCACCGGGGACGUAUGCUCCGUGGACGAAAUGGGUCGUUUUGUCGUCAUUGACCGCGUCAAGAACGUACUCAAACUGUCACAUGGCGAAUACGUCUCACCUGAGCGUAUCGAAAAUGUCUUUCUCGCCAAUCUCCCAAUCCUUUCGCAAGCCUACGUCCACGGCGACUCUAUGCACCCAUGUCUCGUGGGCAUUUUUUCCAUUAAUCCAGAAGUCUUUGCGCCAUAUGCAUCAAAGAUCCUCAAAUCUCAUAUUGAUCCAACGGAUAUGGAGGCGCUUCUAGUCGCGGGGCGUGACGCGCGUGUUCGUAGAGCCAUUGUGCAGGAACUCGACGCCAUUGCCAAGAAGAAUAAACUCAACUCCUUUGAAAAGAUUCGAGCAUGCACUCUCCUCAUUGAUCCGUUUACGAUUGAUAAUGAGUUGUUGACUCCAACAUUGAAGCUCAAGCGUCCGCAAACGGCGAAACGAUAUCGUGCAGAGAUUGAUGCGCUCUACGAAGAGGCGCUCGCCGAACAAGAGGAGAAGAAGCUUACAGCGAAGCUUUGA